GGAUUAGCGGAUCUUAGGAGGGGAGCACCUGUGGUGGGAAGAGUUUUAGGCUCCCAAAGCCAUCAGAGCCACCCGGCCCUAUACCUUUAUCAGGGAAACAAUACACCUCCUCCACCUGUGCAGCCGAUCCCUCGCCCGCUUCCUAUUGUCCCCACGGUUGUGAUCUUGAAUGACACAGUUAUUUCCAAUACAACAACGCUUGGUUCAGGGAUGCCCGAUGGUGCCGGGAGUGAAGGAACCGCUCCGAGGCUGGCGAUGGUGAUGCAGGACCCGAUAAACCCGAUCAAGGCUUUGGUGAAGAUGAAACGGCGACGGUGUUAUGAUAGAGUCGGGCGAAAAUAA